CUGUCGGUAUUGUCUCUGCCCUCUCGACACUCCUCCCUCUCCACCACCACUACCAACACCACCAUCGCCGUGCUGGUCCAAGCCAUGACCCAGGGUGCAAGCAACGGCAACCCUAACGGGUUGGCGAAUGCUCACGUCCGAUUCCUCCCCUUCUCCUACGACAGCGAAGAUUCUCAGCAAUCCGCGACCCGUUUAAUCCUGACUGUUCGACCAGACUGGGACACCGCCGACGACAAGAUCGAGUUCGUGCGCUUCACCGACGGCAUCACAAACACCCUUCUCAAGGCGAUCAACAAGCGGAAAGGAUGGUCCAAGGAGGACGUAGACAGGGAAGCCAUACUGUUGCGCGCCUACGGCAACGGCACCGCCGUCCUAAUCGACCGUGAGCGUGAGGCCCAGAACCAUGAGCUGCUCAUGAAGCACGGCCUCGCUCCCGAGUUGCUCGCGCGCUUCAAGAACGGAAUGCUCUACCGCUACGUCAAGGGCAGCGUCACAGCCCCCGAGGACCUGAGAAAGCCUUCAAUCUACACAGCCGUUGCCAGACGCCUGGCGCAAUGGCACGCGACCGUCCCCUGCAUCACCCAUCCGACGUCGGCAAACGGCCACGCUAAGGAGAAGGGCGCGAACGAAGAACAAAACCGGGAGGAUAUCAUCGAGAAUGUAGCCCCUGGAAAACCGGUCCCUAACGUCUGGACCGUCAUGCAGAAGUGGAUCCUGGCGCUACCAACAGAUACCCAAGAGCAGAGGGAGCGACAGGAAAAGCUCCAGCACGAACUGGAAUGUCUGGUGGAGGAAUUAAGUCAGCGCCCUGGCUUGGGGGUCGACGGGCUCGUCUUCGCCCACUGCGAUCUUCUGAGCGGUAACGUCAUCGUGCUACCUACAACAUACGCCGCCAGCGGCGCCAAGGACCAAGUGUCGGUGACCUUCAUCGACUACGAGUACGCGACCCCGUCCCCCGCGGCCUUCGAUAUCGCAAACCACUUCGCCGAGUGGGGAGGUUUCGACUGCGACUACAACGUCCUGCCCAGUCGAACCCAGCGCCGUGAGUUCAUCGACGAGUACACCCGAGCCUACUUCAAGACUCUGCAGGGCGACAAGCCGAACGUCGACGUCGAGGCCGAAGUGAGAAAGCUGAAUGACGAGGUCGACCUGUUCAGAGGAGUCCCGGGCUUCUACUGGGGCAUUUGGGCCCUUAUCCAGGCCGUCAUUUCGGAGAUCGACUUCGACUACGCGUCGUACGCUGAGACGCGGCUUGCGGAGUACUGGGCCUGGAAGGACGAGAAGGAUGGCAGCAGGGCUGCGGCCGGCAAGGAGAAGCCCCUGCCCCUCGAAAGCGAACUUCUGAUGCACACACUCGAAGCACUGUAUGAUUUGGCGACCCUUCCCAAAGGUAGCGAGAACGACUUGGCCUCCUUGUCCGCGUCGUCGGCUGGAGGAGGACGCCCUCUAGGCUCGGGAGGAAUGGCGGCCGAUCCUCACAACCUUCCCGACCCGGCCGUCGACAGCACCAUCCGGCAGCUCCUUGAUCAGCAAGCCGAUAUCCAAGCAAGGCUUGCCGCCUUGCUACCCACCAAGUAUGGUCCUAACGCCAGGUUGGAGCUGAAUAUGCUCCGCCACAAGUUGCGGGUUCUCCAGGCCUACUCCGAUCACCACCACAUAUCCGCUAGUAUUCCCGUCGUCUCUGAGCACGAAGAGGCGAGGUCACUGCAGUAUCGGUUUAAGCGCUGGGUUUGCACCGAACCGGACAACUACAACUCGUCACUCCCGCAGCCGGUCAUUCCUCUGUCAAAAUGCAAAGCUUGCGUCACACAGAAGCGAUACGGAGCCUAUUAUAACGCAGCGGCACACCUCCGCAGAGCCCAUUUCAAUCCUCACAGGGGCGGCAAAGCCAGCGGAGAUUGGCCUCCAAUGACCAUUUUGAAGGAUUGGAUGCGGGAAGUACGGCAAUCCGUGGAUAUUCAGGACAAUGACGAUUCCAGUGGAGGGGAGGAGGUCGACUACAAGCCACCACCCGAGUAUUUCACACAAGCACUACCGCCUCCACCGCCACCGGCUCGCUCUCCGACAUUUGGCCAACCGAUGAUCGCAGCAGCUCCUUCGUCAGUGCCAUUGCUGAUAGCCCCUGCGGAACCGAUGAUCCCGUCGCAACUGAGUAGUCCUUCUAGCAAGACUGUUGACAAUCGCACACGGUGCCCUCACCCUGAUUGCGGGAGGGUUUUCAAAGAUCUUGCGGCGCACAUGCUCACGCAUCAGGAGGAACGGCCGGAGAAGUGUCCCAUCGAGACUUGCGAAUACCACACCAAGGGGUUCGCCAGGAAGUACGACAAGAACCGGCAUGCGUUGACGCAUUACAAAGGUACAAUGAUCUGUCCCUUUUGCCCUGGAGUGGGAACCGCGUAUGAGAAGGCAUUCAACAGAGCCGACGUCUUCAAGCGGCACCUGACAUCAGUCCACAACGUGGAGCAAACACCUCCUAACAGCCGGAAGCUUAUCAUCAGCGGAUCCGGCAACGUUCGCGGGGAUGGUGCUCAAUGCUCUAUUUGCCAAGGCUUCUUCGGUACGGCUCAGGAAUUCUACGAGCAUCUGGACGAUUGCGUUCUUAAUGUUAUUGUGCCUUCGUCGGCGAAGACACCCAGAGACUCGUCGCUGCUACCCUCGACGUCGUCCGGCAUGGAGGAGAGGGAGAGAGCAGGCGACAGUGAUACCAUAAACGUGAAACAAGCAUCCCCUCUCGGCGAAAAGAUGGAUACCAACCCAUAG